AUGACUAUGGUUGAUGGAUUGAGCAACAGUACAAGCUUUGGUGGUUGCGGGAAACAAGAUCACAUUAAGCGGCCCAUGAAUGCUUUCAUGGUUUGGUCUCGUGCCCAGCGCCGGAAAAUCGCUUUGGAUAACCCUAAGAUGCACAACUCUGAAAUCAGCAAAAGACUGGGAGCUGAGUGGAAACAACUAUGCGAGGACGACAAGCGGCCCUUCAUCGAUGAAGCCAAGCGUCUGCGCGAGCAACACAUGCGGGAACAUCCCGACUACAAGUACCGACCCCGGAGAAAACCUAAACCACAGGUAAAAAAACAAGAAGCUUACCCGUUCUCCCUGCCCUACAUCCACGGACACGUAGAUCCACGGGCUUACAUGACUUCUACAGUCUUGCAACAGGCGACUGCUGGAUAUUCAGAGAGUCAUCAGAUGACAGAGGCUGCCCUCAAAACUUCACCUUUUUCUUAUUCCAUGGGUAAUCCAUACUGUACACAUAUGGGUUUGACACCUUCCGAGUCCACCGCUAAGCCUAGCAUACAGUCACCAUCAACGACCUUGAAAAACGACAUGGUUAUUCAUUCCACAGGUACAGCUGUUAGUUCUAUCUAUGGAAGAACAGGAUUUUACCCAACAUCAUUAGCUUCUAUUAACUCUCCAAUAACCGGCAUUUCAAACGGCCAGGUCCCGAUGACUCUUUCAACUCCUGCCUCCUAUGCUGCAUCAGCCUAUAUGUCAACAUACGGCUACAGGCCUUCUGGAUAUUCACCAUCCAGUGAUCCUCAACGUCGAAAUAUCUCUAUGUUAUUCUAG